AUGGCCACCGUUGAUAGCUUUUUUCACUCUUUCUCUUCUUCCUAUUUUCUCUACCUCCAUUGGUGUCAUGACUCACGAGCCAUUUUAAUCUCUCUCUCUCUCUCUCUCUCUCUCUCUCUCUCUCUCUCUCUCUCUCUCUGUCAAACCCUGCUGUCUACUACAAUUGUUCUUCUCUACCGUUCAUUUCUUUCUUUCUUUCUUUCUUUCUUUCUUUCUUUCUUUCUUUCUAAUACUAAAUUAUUAGCUUAUUUAUCUCUAAUCACUUUUCCAGUCUUUCUUUCACUUUCAUUGUCACUCUUCACUCACUUUUCAACGCAUGCUCUCCUUUUUCUCUUGACUUUCUAUUUCCUUACUCUCCAUUUUUUACUUCCUUUUCAUUACUCUCCUUUCUUUUUACUCUCCUUUUUUUCUAUUUUCUUUUUCUCUGAUGUUCCCCUUACGUCUUUCUACCGGCUCUUUCUUCUCUCUUUCUUUUCAUUACUCUUCUUUUUUUUUUCCAAACCAAUUUCCCUAUCCGCACUCGAUGGUACCUUCUCUUUUUGUCUUUCCUUUCCUUUACCAUAUAUCACCCCACCCCCCACCAUCCGCCUAAUGCAGCAAUCUUCAUUUGAUUCUCUUUUAGCAACAAUAUUCGCGCUCCAAUCGCACACUCGCGAAUUAAUCAAUUUUUUUUUCAAGCGCCUCUUAAAAAGGCGGGAAUAG